AGAUUGGAGAUGCAGCAGAGGUUGAGUAAAGCGUAUAUUGAGUGUAGGAGGGAGAAUGGAGCUGAUUUCAAAGCUUGUGAGUGAUUUUGUUGCACCCUUCUUUUUUUUCCCCUCGGUAGUUUGGGGCGCUUUUGGGUGUCGGAUCGAUUUCGCUCCUUGGCACUUUCAUUUAACUUGAACCAGUUUUCGUCCCCUUUUCGCCUCUCCAUGUUGGAUAAUUCAGAUGUUUUUAGCAUUACAAAGUCAUGUUCUCUUCUCUCCCCCGCUUCCUCACUUCCAAUAUUGCGAAUCAUCUUGAUCUGAGCUUCUCGCGAUCGUAUUCCUCUACCUCUAUCCCCUCAUCAUACGUCCCCUCUUCCUCCUGUCCCUGGGCCUCACACUCGGACUUCAUCGUCUUCCUUCUUUGCAUUCGACCUCCCCCCCCGUUAUUGCUUUGUUCCCGUUCCCGAUCACCUUAUUCUUUCCCUUUCUUCCGUCUUCAACUUGCCCUUGAUGGAAGAACGGACCGGAAUAUCCAGACACCUCUUUUUUCUUUUCAUAUGCGAACAUCACCAGCAAUAAUACGAAAUACCCGCCGCCGACGCCGCCAACUUCGCUUUGCACCCAACUUCUUUCCGUCUCCCUUUCUUCGAUGUUCAACCCACCAAACCAACCACCACCACCACCACCACCACCACCACCGCUUCUUCUUUUUUUCUUCUCUUUGACACGCCCCCGGCCAAACCCCUGUAUUACGUUUUGUUUUGUUUUUGUUUCAUUCCAGUUUGGAAGGGGCUGGGGUGGCUUGGCUUGCUUUGGGAUGGUUGACCCUCGGACAUCUCAAUAUUGACGUAUUUUAUUUUUUAUUCUUUUGGCAUUUCGGAUUACUUUUCUUUUAUUAAUUUAUUUACUUGUUCUUGAGCUGACGAGGAUUUUUUCUUGAAGAUCAUAAUCUUCAGAUGUGGACGAGUAUGGUUAGGUUGGAGAGGGUUAGGUACAGACCAGAAUUGUUGGGAGACUCGAGACAUCGAAUGGG